CAGUCGACUGGGAAUCACAAGAUACAACAAUGACUGAGUCGGAUCCCUAUCGUAAAGACCGCAAGUGGUAUCACUGGUACCAUCCUUCUGACACAAAAGCUGAACGCAAGCUGAUUGCGAAACUGGACUUACUAAUCGUAACCUAUGCCUUUGUCACAUAUUGGGCCAAAUAUCUCGAUCAGAGCAACAUCAAUAAUGCAUAUGUAUCUGGAAUGUCGGAUGAUCUUCAUUUCCACGGCAAUGAGCUUGUACAUUUUCAGAUCAUGUAUAACCUUGGGGCUGUGCUGGGACAGUUGCCAUUUGCGCUGCUAUUCCCCAAGAUUCGAAUGAAUAUCCUGGUCCCAGCAUUGGACAUACUGUGGGGCGUAUUCACUCUUCUCCAGUUUAGAGCGCAAGGGUACUCUGAGAUUAUGGCCUAUCGGUUCUUCGUUGGCUUGUUCGAGAGCGCUUUCUUCCCAGCAGUGCACUAUGUUCUUGGGAGUUGGUAUCGUGGCGAUGAGAUCAACAGAAGAGGUGGUGUCUUCUACGUCGGUCUUACCUUGGGCACUCUAACGGCGAGUCUGAUACAAAGCGCAUGUUCUGCUCAUCUUGAUGGACUCCACGGCUUGGCUGGAUGGCGUUGGAUGUUCAUCAUCAAUAGUGUCAUCACUCUUCCACUUGGACUUGUAGGGUUCUGGGUUUGGCCUGGUACUCCGACACACUCAAAGUCUGUCUUCUUGUCGAGAGAAGAACUCGCUCUGGCCAAGGACCGUCUGGAGAGAGCAGGGCACACUCAUGACACUAAGCCGGUGACCUGGGAAUUGGCAAAGAAAGUCUUCUUCGGCUGGAAGCUCUGGGUGCUCGUCAUCUGGGACAUUUUCUUCUGGAAUGCUUGCUUGAACGCGUCAACAGCUCCAUAUUUGCUAUGGUUGAAGAGCCUGCACAAGUACUCGACGUCGCGCCUCAAUGAUCUCGGUGCAACAUCGCCAGGUCUUGGCAUCUUUUACGUUCUGUUCAUUUGCUUUGGAGCAGAUCUGCUCUUUGGACGUCCUUGGGCCAUCACAAUUGCACACUCUUGGAAUCUGCUCGGUGUGGUCAUUUUGUUAGUGUGGAAUGUCCCAGAAGUGGCCAAGUUCUUUGCCUUUAAUACCGCCUACUCCUCUGUCGCAAUGUCUUCGGUGCUUUACGGAUGGGCGAACGACAUAUUGAAGCAUGAUGUGAAUGAACGGUCGUUCACCUUGGUCGCGAUGAAUGCCAUUUCUCAGUCCACGACGGUGUGGACUCCACUCAUCUUCUGGAAGACUGUCGAGGCGCCGAGAUAUGUCAAAGGCUUCUCGUUCACAGCCGCUACAGCCAUCUGUCUCAUCGCCAUGACAUGGAUUGUGCACUACUUCCAUCAGAGACAGGAGUACGUCUUUUUCUCUCCGUCCAUUAUUUGCUUACUGACACCUUGCAGGAGAGAGCUCGCUGAGAAAUAUGCUGGCACCAUCGCCUUGUCAAGCGACGAGAACGUCGACGCGACCGUGGAAUACCAAUCAUCUAAGACUGGCGUGCACACACGAGUCGGAAUAUACGACGAGGGCAAACGGGUGUAGAACAUAGUGUUAGUUUGCCUGGCCUUGGUGUUUGUAUGACGCAGCGAUUACAAGGCGACGGCCAAGGCAGUGGCAGAAUCCUCCGCUCCCAUGGUGGAUCCUUGGCUGAACUAUUGAGCUUGACGAGUCGUAUACCAAUCCGUUCAAUUGAAGUUGCGUUGGAAAAGUCGACGAAUGGAAAC